GUUUUUUUAGCAAUAAUGAUGCCACAUAAAAGCAGAGACACUGUACUAUCAGAUUCUUCUUGGGCUUCGUUCACCCAUUCACCUUCCUUUUCUCUCUCCCGUGCCCUUCUCCUAAACCUUGCCCUAACCUUAUCCCUUUUGAGGUUCCUACGAUCCGCCGCCGCCGCCGCGCUACUGUGGAAGGAUCGGGAGCUCUGUCUUCGGACGGAUUUAAGACGGACUCCGACUGGAGGUUCGCUGCGAUGGAAGAAGAAAGGCGUGAGCUUUCGAGGUAAUUUGUUCCCUCGCCUACGGAUCUUUCCAAUGACGACGUCCUCGACGGCUUCCGCUCUCCUUCUCGCCAUCUUCCUUCUGCUUGUCGCCCCCUUGUCGCCUGGGAACUGCGCAUCGACUGGCGAAGGUAACGCUCUCUUCUUCUCUUUCGGUGGGCCGGGGAAAAAUCUGAGCUUCGCCACCGAGUUUGCCCUCUAUGGCGAUGCUGAGAUGAAUAGCUCGGAGGUGAGGGUGACGCGUGCGGCGAACGAGAGCUCCGGGCUUAUGAUUUACUGGAAACCAGUCAGAUUCAUCGGCACCAAGCCCGGGUUCUCUUCGUCCUUCUCGUUCUCUGUUUCGCCCGGCAAUGGCGGAGGCCUAGCUUUCUUUUUAUCUCCGGUCAGCGUUCCCUUGGAACCGGCGAAUGGCGACUGGUCUAGGUUAUCAACCAGUGUCGUUGCAGUGAAGUUUGUGACGGCAGCAAGCCUCGUCGAAGUCGAUGUUGGCGGAGAACUUUUGACAAAAAGCGGUAAUCUUUCCGACGAUGGUUUGCUUCUCAUCCUCAGCAGAGGAGAAAAAUUGCAUUCUUGGAUUGAUUACGACGGAGAAUCGAAGAGAAUAGAGGUCAGGCUUUGCCAGGAUAAGGAUCCAAAGGAAUUCGCCCCUUCGAUCUCUCACUCGAUCGAUUUGUCUUACAUGUUGUGGAGGGAGGCGUCCUGGGUGGGUUUAUCUUCCUGGAGUGGCAAUUCCAGUCAUGGCAGUAGCAUAUACUCGUGGAAUUUUACAGAGAAGCAUGGAGCUCCAUACCUGAUGCAUUCCGAACCCCUGGAUCCCAAUUCGUUCGUGGUGCGAUCGAAAGAGGGAAGUCGAACGAGGGCUUACCCGUGGGGAGUUUUCGUGGCGAUGCUGGUUGCCGCUGCUUGCGGCGCAAUUCUGACAUUCUUCACCAUGCUUGUCUGGUAUGCGCUCGUCUCACGCCGUCCGGUGGCUCCUGUAGAAUACCCUGCGCACGCAGCGGGAGUUGCAUAUGGAAAGAUCGAAUCAGUCGGAGACAAGGUCCUCGAGAAUUGCAAGAAAUAGGAAACUUUGAAGAACAGAGCCUCGCUUCGAAUUUGUACGCUUUGCUUGCUCACUCCCUUGUACUUUGUAAUUUCAGGACUCGAUGGAAACUGUAGCUUUUGAAGCAAACUUCUCCAAAUGCUAUAAUUUCCAUCAAGAUGUGGAACUGUUUCAACUCGAUUAUGCUUUUUUCUCUGUAAUUGAACUCAAAACUGUGUUAGGUCAUCGUUUCUUUCUUUC